CUUGACACAAGGAAUAUGAAACACCACCUCUGUAGUCUGUUGUUCGUUGUGUGCGUCUUGUACAUCGCGGAGCAAUCGGAAUGUUACAAGAUUCUAGCCAUCGUUCCGACACCAUCUUACAGUCAUCAAAUACCGUACCGACGAUUAUGGCUGGAACUACACAAACGAGGUCACGAAGUUGUGCUAGUCACGGCGAACCCUAUACCAAAUAUCAAAUCACCGAAUUUUACGCAAAUCGAUAUUAGCCAAUCUUACGGAUCCAUAAGGAGUUUAGAUUUUGUUCAAAUGCGAUUUGAGGGAAAACGCUGGUUGCAUAUUGUGGAAGAAGAAAUGUUGCCUAUAGUCGAGGUUUUUGCGGAAACGGUGCUCAAUUCUACAGAAUUGCGGAAGCUGUAUGCUGCAGACAGCAACGCAACGUUCGAUGUCUAUUUGACGGAAUUCCUCUUCGCGCCCGCCACUUACGCUUUCGCACAUCGAUUCAAUGUUCCUAUAAUAGGGUUAAGUUCAUUAGGGAUACUUGCCGUUAACGAACACGCUCUUGGUGGAUUGGUCCUCCCUUCUCACGAGUACACGUGGGAAAUGGAAGACAACACAGGAACGAAUCUACCGUUCUUGAAGAGACUGCGCAAUUUCGUCAACAUGUGGCGUAGCUUAUAUUACGUUUACCACGAGAUCUUUCCUCAGCAACAGAAAUUGGCAGAAAAAUAUUUUGGGCCUCUGCCACCAAUGUUAGACGUAUUGAAGAACGUUAGCAUGCUUUUCAUCAAUCAGGCCGACGUUAUGGCACCGGCUCGACCGAAACUAGCGAACGUAAUCACGUUUACAUCCUCCCACAUAGAAAAAAUUCCGAAAGUUCUGCCUAAGGACUUACAAGCAUUUCUGGAUGGCGCUACAAAUGGGUUCAUCUACUUCAGUCUUGGUAGUAACGCAAGAAGUGCAAGUUUACCACUGGAGAUCCGACGCAUGUUCUGCGAUGUGUUCGCCAAGCUACCGUAUAGAGUCGUCUGGAAAUUCGAGGAGGAUUUUCCCGGGAAACCUGAUAAUGUUUACAUCGGAAAAUGGCUACCACAACAAACCAUUCUCGCUCAUCCGAACAUUAAGCUGUUCAUUUAUCAAGGAGGCCUGCAGAGCAGCGAGGAGACCGUCCACUAUGGAGUACCAGUUCUUGGUUUCGCAAUUUUGGCCGAUCAAGAUUAUCAAGUAGCCAGAAUGGAAGCUCUGGGCAUUGGAAAAUAUUUGGAAAUUACAACCCUUAAGAAAGAUGAACUUGAAAAUGCUAUUACAGAGCUUAUAACUAACAAAAAGUAAGUAUAAUC